CCAACAAGCAGUUAGAGCCUGCUACAUUUUAUCAACAAUUAAAGGUUAAAGUAAUGUUAAGAGUUUCAUCCGCUGAAGGUGAAAGUUGUUUCAACGCCGAUAAGCGAAAGAAACAAGUGACACUUGUAGAUCCCACGUCAGCGCAAUCUUCCACAGCUGAGGAUCGAAGACCUACUGUUUCAGCACCAAAAAUGUUUGCUUUUGACGCUAUUUUUACUGAAGAAGAUUCACAGACGGAAAUUUGCUCGAGCGCUCUCACGGACGUCAUUCAUGCAGUUAUCAAUGGAACGGAUGGUUGUCUCUUCUGCUUUGGACACGCUGGCCUUGGAAAAACGUAUACAAUGCUGGGCUCAGCGGAGGCUGGGCAAACAUUGGGGGCAAUACCCUGUGCCAUUGCUUGGUUGUUUCGCGGUAUUAGUGAACAACGCCAGAAGACGGGAGCCAGGUUUAGCGUGAGGGUCAGUUGCGUCGAGCUAACCACGGGUCAGCAGCAGCUCAGAGAUUUGCUGUUCUCCUAUGCCAAUGAUUCAGAACAGUCACCUGGGGCGUACUUGAGGGAUGAUCCAGUACUUGGUACGUUACAGUUGCACCAGCAUAGUGAACUGAGAGCACCGACGGCUGAGCGUGCGGCAUUAUAUCUGGACGCAGCGAUCGCUGCUCGACAACGUGAUGACAACGACGCACAUAUGCUAUUCACGCUGCACGUGUACCAGUACAGUGUCGCCGGAAAGGGAGUGGCCGGUGGACACAGCAGGCUGCACCUGAUUGAGAUUGGCAAUUCAGAGCGUGGUAAGUCGUCUGGGGGUAUCCCGCUUUCAGGCCUGGGAAAUAUUUUAUUAGCCAUCUUAAACGGUCAAAAGCACCUGCCCUAUAAGGAGCACAAACUCGCUCAGUUGCUAAAGGACUGUCUGGGCCCGCUCACCUGCCACGCUACUAUGAUCGCCCACGUAUCUCCCUCAUGCCAGCACUACAGUGAGACCCUAAUAACCUGUCAGUUGGCUUCGCGCAUCCAUCGAAUGCGUCGGCGUAAGAUUCGUUUCGCAGCUUAUCAACAGCAACAACAGGUCGAGGAUUUGGUGACCAAGCAGCUGUAUCCUAGCAGCGAGUGUGAGCCGAGCUCAAGCGACCUUUCAGCAGACACUGUUAUUUACGUGGGCCCAAGCGCCGAUGAUGCCACUGAUGGGGAGCAUCCGCCGGUCUAUAUACCAAGCCUUAAUUCCGGCGACAACAGGUGCGCUAUGAACAGAGUGCUGCGCGGCUCUGCGGUUGAGAAACCCGCAAGAAUCGACGAGGAACGCAGUCCCGUGCACAAGCCCGCUAAGUUAGCCAAACAGAUGAGCUCGCCUUCUCAUGGCUCCACGCCCAAGGCUAGUCCGGCACGCAAACCCGUUUCUAAGCUAGCUCAGGCGCAGGUUCAAGUUUCGACCUCGCCGCCGAGCUCGAAAGCACUACCAUCGACAUUGACUCCAGCCACCACCGGCACCUCUGAUGAGCAGUGGAUAGACGGUCCGAGGAUUUCAAGACUACGGGUGGCCGAAGCCCGUCAUCUACUCAGCGAUGCGACGCACAAACGCGAGACCUGGAUUGAUGGACCUAUGCAGCAGCAACAACAUCAACAGCAAUACCACCAUUCACAUCAUCACCAUCAACUUCAACAACAAUUAGCAAUGCCGAGUGCCAGCUACGGCUAUAUGGACAGCUACAAAAAGAGUGUAAUACGGAAGUGGGUGGAGAACCAAUCAUCGCAGAUUCAACGAAAGCAGGUGUCACAAUUCAUGGCCAGCUCGAUGCGUCAAGGUAUGGCUGCGCAUCUCCGAAACUGCGCUACCAGCGGUAGCAGCACUGGUGGCGGCGAUGACGAUGAUACCUCCCUGUCCACCAGUGCUAGCGAAAGCCUCAAGGUCAGCGAGAUCGAGGACAUAACGGACAAAAUCGGAGCUAGACUUAACCUCCUUAACGUUAAGUCCAACACGAAUGCUGAUCUCGAUCUAACAGGCAGCCCGCUUAUGGACAGUCUUGAGCAGCUUAGUAGAACUCUGGACAUACUCCAGGACGAGGACGAGGAUGAUGACGAGGACAUCAUCGUACCGCCGCCGCUUCCACUCAUCGAGCCACUUAGUAAUGGAGUUAGCCGUGAGGUUUCACUCGAGAGUUUGAAUCUCUCGCACAAGGAUCAUGUUUCUCUCCAACCGGAUAGAAAUUCAAGAAACUCCAUGUCCUCCGAAGAUGAAAUUUUGGAGAUUAUAGAAGUGGAUAGCACUCAACAAGCUCCGAUGCAGGACUCUUGUUUGCAGGUCACCGAAGAGGAUAUCGCGCUAUGCAUGGGAGACCGCAUAUCAACGGCUAACAGCAUGCAUGAUGAGCAUCCCCUUAGGAUACUUAGCCAAGAAAAUCUCACCAUUGUUUCGACUCUCACUGAAUCGCUGUCAGUAUUGUCGGAAACAGAACGUUACCGAUCGCAUUUUCCACCACCUGCAGGAAUGGGUAUGCAGCCAAGGCCUUACUUUGAUCAUGAAGAUUUCCUAGAGCAGGAAAAUCGCCACAAGUUCGACCAGUUGGCUCGACUUCAUGAGCUUUAUCAAAGCAAGCUGGCUUUAGCUAACGUCACGAAUUCCUUAACUUAUCAAAGGGAAAAGUCCUUUUCUACGAAUGUUCGAGAGCCAACAUCAUCGAUGUCUGGGGCUUUCCGGCCAGGUUCGCGAUGUCAGUCACUGUCGCUAUCCGACGUGUUUUCCAACGACACAGCGAGCAAUCAUGGCAGUAUUUACAGCGAACCUGCUUACGCAGCCAACAAAAAUGAGCAGGACAAAAUUUGCGACAAUUGUAGGCAGAGCAUGGCCAAGCUGGUGACUGACUCUUAUUUGCACGCCAACAGUAUUGCCCAUAUCACCAGUCCAGGGCACUACUGUAGCCGUCUUGUCGACUGCAACAUUUCAAAUCUACGGCAUCCGGACGGCGCUUCCAAUCCCAAUCUUAAAGAGGAAGUCGAGAGAAUACCCGGCAAUGGUGCCUCAGGCUCGGAUCCCGAGGAGGAGUACAUCGAAGCUAAAAAUUUGUUUGCCUUCAGCGCAACUAACACCGGCACAACUUUGUUUCAAAGACUACAAGAUAAAAUACUCCCUACCAAGCCUCAAAGCGACGAGUUAUUACGCUUUCCGAGUUUUACCGUUCCCUCACCACUGCCGGUAACCAAUCUGCCUUCAUCCAAUUCAUCUUCCAUACCAUCAUCCGGAAUAAUGCACCGAAAAUUACUCAGCUUGGAUUCAUCUCUCGGACUCAAUAAGGAUGACUAUGACUCAGGUGCCGACUCAACUUCGCGCGCUGCCAAACUUUCUCCUGCUACACUUUCAAGGCACCGAGCUGAAAGCUCCGGAUACGACAGCGUCGUUAGAGACAGUGAAACCAGUAGCCUUUCCAGCGAUUCAUCUAGGCAUACUAGUGCUCUACAAGAACAUAACAAUGGUGCGCUGGGUGUUCUAACUUCGACGCUUUGCGGAUGCUUCAGUGGCGGGACUACAGGACGGGUGCGCGCUUCAGCGUCAAGCACAGCUAGCAACCGUGUUCAAACUCGUUUUCAACGUCGAGAACGAGGCGAUACUACGACGACACGCACAACUUCACACACAGCUGUAUGGCAUAGUAUUCGAGACACCCAACCAUCAUCUGCUUCAGCAUCUUCGUAAAUCAUCUACACCAUAAUGAGAGCCCUACAAUCUGGGUACAAAUACCAUCCGUUUACCAUCAUUCAUGACUAUUGACACGUUCGAAAAUGUAUUGCGCUGUCGCAUAUCAUAUUUUGAAACUUGAUAUAAUAAUUUAUUGCUUGCGGGCUACAGUUUAGUUGCCAGAAGGUAGCUCAGUUAUAUAGGAGUCUGAUUCAAAAAAGUAUCACAAAAAUAGUGCCAACAUGUUGCUAAGGGGUUUUGAACAUUCAGGAAUACGAAUCUGCAAUUUUUUUCUA